AUGAUGGCGCGCGCGACGCGGUCAUCGACUGCAGACCUCAAGCGCAAGCGAUCCUUUGACAAUGCAGACAACGACGAGCAUGCAUCCAACAAACAGAAUCGCACAACAGACCUACCAUAUCACAUAGAUGCCCACCGUUUGCUCGCCGUGCUCGAGGCAGAGGACACACUUGGUCUUCUGGAUCGCGUUUUUCCUGUACCAGGCUCUGACGACUCCGCUUCUCUUCGUUCUCUUCUCACAACAUCCACCUCCAUAUCUACCGUUCACUCAGCCAUUCAGCAGCUAAAACCGAUUUCUUCUCUUCCUCGCGCAAGGUUGUCUUCAACUGCUGAGCAACAGCUUCGUUUCUGUAGUCUCGCUCAUGCUCUUCUUGAACAACUUCCAUCUACGGAUAUUCAAACCGCUCUCGCAAGUCUUCCAGAUGUAGAUUCCUCACCCCCAAGGCCUAAACCCAGUUAUGCACUCGUUCAACAUCUGCCAGCGGGUGAUUAUUGGUCAUCCGUGCUUCAUACAGACGAUCCUCCCAAAAACCUGCAUACCGCAAACGCAGAACUUGUGGCUGUUCUACCAACCCCUUCUUCCUCCAAGGAUAUUCCUGUCCCAACCCUUGGCUCAUACUCUACAAAACCAUUAUCCCCCAAAAAGUCACCUCUCUCACAAAGAAGGGUCACAGCGAGUGGCUUCUUGGAUUACGGCUUGUACACAAGCUUCGCCCCGUCCUUUGACGAGGAUGGAGAAGUUGUAGGGAAUGAACAACUUGGACAGGUUCUUUGGUAUCGCGAGGAGAGGAAGAGGUUAAGGGAGAUUCGUUGCCAGCAUCGUGAGGAAACAAGCUCCGUUGUUGAAAUUACUCCAGAAUUACGCAAAUCCCUUUUAUCUCAAGACGGGUCGUCUUCAACAAACCUUGUGCUUGAAUCUUUGUUGCCUCCUGAAGAUGUCGAAUCUAUCAAGGCCACGCUUAAUAGCCUGGAACUUGAAAAGUCCGUGCAAACCUUGCUCGACAGGAAUCAACGAGCUUUGGAACGGCUAGAAGAACUCCAGUUCCAACGCAUGACAAAACACCCAACCAGUAAUGCAGAAGAGAAUUCCGAAGAAUGGGAAACAGCGCAAGCAAUACUUGAUUCUCUAACUCUGCUAGCUUCUUUGCGUCCCCGAUCCUCUUCUGAACAACGCCCAGCCAUCAUACCACCUGCAUCAGUACUCCACAAGCUUCAUCUUACACUUUCUCUUGAACCUUCUCCAGGGUGGUAUGGCACUUUACCUGCCGGCCGCAGCACCGCUCUCCACGAUGAUUUAACGGUCAAGGUUCGCCCCGGUGCCGCUAUUCCGACGCCAGUUAUGAGCACUCCAUCUACUCCAGCUUCAACAUCCACUGCCAAUACGUACGCGGGGUACUCAUAUGCCUACCCUCAACAGCAGCAACAGACAUACCGUUCGCAGCAAGCGCCUACUUACACUCCAUACACACCUGGUCAAGUGUCAACCUAUUAUCAAGGCUAUAUCCCGGCUGGCCAACAACAGCAAACAUAUGUUACACAGCAAACUUAUGGCACUGGGACAGCCAACCAACAACCCUAUGGCGCAGCUAUUGGGCAGCAACAAAUUACAGGUUACUCACAAUGGUAUCCCCAGCCGAACCAAGCGUCCAAUGGCCCCGGUUCAGGAAGAGGAACGCCACAACCUACUUUGACUACGUUACCAACGAAUAUCCCUACUUCGUAUGGAAACUUCUUUAAUUCGACGUCUUCCUCCACGAGUAGUAUCACCACAGUGACUCGUUCACCAGCGAUUGCCAACACAGUGGUAAGCAAUGUAGCCAAUGUCAACGCGAACCUGCACAACCAAACACCCACUCAACGACAUCCGCAGUCACCAAUGGUAAAUGGCGGCUCUGUUUAUCCAGCUCAGCAAGUAUACUAUCCAUCAUAUCAGAUGCAGACUCAACCUGCUAGAUAG